UCUUGUUUAGAAGCCUGACGUCGUCUUCCCACAGCUCCUUCAUCCAGCAAUUCAAUGGCGCCCCAGAACGUGUUCUCGAUGUUCCGUCAGUCUCAGGUGCAGGAGUUCAAGGAAGCCUUCACCCUCAUCGACGUCAACAGAGACGGCGUCAUCGAAAUAGACGACCUGAAGAGUAUCUACGGCAACCUGGGCAAAGUGCCCGCCGACUCCGAGCUGAAGGAGAUGCUGAAGGAGGCCAAGGGGCCCCUGAAUUUCACCACCUUCCUCAACCUGUUUGGGGAGAAGAUGGGAGGGACGGACGGCGAGGAGACAAUCCGUAGCGCCUUCGCCAUGUUUGACGAGGAGGGCAAGGGCGUGCUGCCCGAGGAGUACAUCAAGGAUCUCCUGGAGAACAUGGGAGAUAACUUCACGAAGGAGGAGAUCAAACAGACGUGGAAGGAGGCCCCUAUUUCCAAGGGCAUGUUCAACUACGUGGCUUUCACCGCCAAGGUCAAGGGCAAACAGGAUGAUGAGGAAAUGGCCAAGGCUUGAACGACUGAUGAACUCUCCAGCGCAGGACAUUACUUGAUAUGUGUUUUAUUUAUUUAUGACUGAUUGUCUCCGGACAUCGCCCUGGGCAUCACUGUGAUAGAAUUACUUGUGCCAACUUCUACAAGAGACGUGUCUGACACUGAGUGUGGUUGUAUUUGUUCUGUACUGUAUGUAGAUAGCUGACUUUCAUAUAAGUGUCAAACAACUUCACGAGUGGCUGCAACCUCUGUUGAACUACAAUCGCGCAGCGUUGUCAUCUACCAUAUUCUACCACAAAGACUAACGCUGCACCUAUGAUGUAACAGCGACUGUUACUAUGUAUUGACCAUUUCUAUCAUAAAUCUGUUAUUCUCCUAUCUGCUCUGAUGACUGUGUGUUACCGAGUAUAUCAGGAAUAUAUGAAAAUGCUGUACAGAUAGGCUGUUUAUGUUGUGUGUGGUGCGGUUCUUAGUUUAGUUCAAUAAAUGUUGUAACAUCAU